UCAAUCUUGCAAUAAUAUAAACUGGUUUCACGAAGAUAAACACAGAUCAAGUGAAUGACUAAGUAUCUUACAGAAUAAGUUAUUUCUAACGACAGUUGCUAUCACUUGUUUAGGUAACUGCGUUUGAAACAACACCAGCUGUAGAUUAAACAUCCUUGUGACGAGUUGUUUUAAUGUGUUAUUUCGAAAUGUUAUUUGAAAUCAUGUGCAGCAACAGUCAAUAUUUUGCCGGUCGUAUUGUAGCCUACUAUAUAUAGCAUCACGUAAAAAAUGUGACGCACUAUUGAAUAACGUAGCCAAUACGAAAGUUGUAGCCAUAUUGAGUGCGUAGAUGGCGAGGCUAGUGAGUUUGUUACAGUCUCGUGAUAUACCGCGCUUUUCACGUUAUUAUGUAUUCAUAUUGACGAGUUUGUACCAAGAGGAUGUGUGAGCCCAGUCCCUCAGCACUGCAUCUCCUGGCCAGUAAUGAUGUAACCAUGGUGGGCAUGGGUGUGAAGAUGGAAGAGGAAGGCCCAGGUGAUAUCAGCAGCGGAGAGGUUGGGAGGGAGCUCCAGAGAGCUUCGCCCUGCAGCUGGCUGACACGCCCACUGGCCGAGCAGGCAGAUUUUCAGCUGAGGAUGUUACACUCACCCUCGGCCAUCACUGGGAUUGUCAUGAAACCACAGGGGACAUCACUGGGCACAUCCCCACAAGGGGACGGCUCUCCUAGAAAAGAACGGACCCAUGGACACAGCCCUCCUGGCAAAGAUGGAGGCAUUCGGAGUUUUGACAAGUUGGACCUCCAGCAUAGCGUUAGUGAGGUAAUGCCCACGAUUGAAAAACUUCUGAAUUCAGACUUGAGAGAGACAUUUUUGGUGAAGAAUGCCCAGGGUAGUACAAGUUUGAAAGGUACUCCAGAGAGUCUAGCGGAGAAGGAGUUGCAGCUGCUGGUGAUGAUCAACCAGCUGUCAAGCCUGCGGGACCAGCUACUGGGUGCUCACUCUGAACAAAGGAACAUGGCGGCCCUGCUCCUCGAAAAACAGCAACAGCAGAUGGAGCUGGCCAGGCAGCAGCAGGAGCAGAUUGCCAAGCAGCAGCAGCAGCUUAUCCAGCAGCAACACAAGAUCAAUCUCUUACAGCAGCAGAUUCAACAGGUGAACAUGCCUUAUGUGAUGAUCCCUGCCUUUCACCAUAACUCGCAGCCCCUGUCAGUCACCUCAGAGCCUCAGAUGGGCCUUCCCCUGCAGCCCAUUCCCUGUAAACCAGUUGACUAUCCAGUGCAGUUUCUUCCUAACCCGCACUCUGCUCCUGCAAAGCGGUCCAGUGGUGCAGUGCACAAACAGUUUGGUUCAAAGGAAGCUAAUCAGCCACUCAACUUGACCUCCAAGCCAAAAGGACUCGAUAUGGGCAAGACAACUAGUGGGCAAACCCUGGAAAUGGCCUCCAUACCCCUGCAGAGCAGCUUUGGACCGCGUGACCUACAGCUCAGCUCCCCUCGAUCUGGACUCAGCCUAAGCUUCUUGGGUGAGGGAGACGUAGUGAGCCAGACUCUACACGAUGCUCAGCAGCUUCUGAGGGGCCAUGUGGCUUUAGGGAGAGACACUGAUAAUGGCAGAAAGAUUUCUCGAGGUGUACAGUUAACACAUGAAGAGAGAAAGGAAGAUGACCAGGUUCACCAACCCAAAGAGGACCAUCCCAGCAGUGAUUCGGAGGGGGCCGUGUCUGCUCCAGGAGUCAGUGGCUUUGCUGAGGUCCACACGCCCUCCUCAGGACACAUCAAAAGACCUAUGAAUGCCUUCAUGGUUUGGGCGAAGGAUGAGCGCCGCCGCAUCCUGCAAGCGUUUCCAGAUAUGCACAACUCCAGCAUUAGCAAGAUCUUGGGCUCACGCUGGAAGGCUAUGUCCAACCAGGAAAAGCAGCCUUAUUAUGAGGAGCAGGCUCGGCUCAGCCGCCAGCACCUGGAGCGUUACCCCGACUACAAGUACAAGCCUCGUCCAAAGCGCACCUGCAUAGUGGAGGGCCGGAGGCUACGUGUGGGCGAGUACAAAGCCAUGAUGAAGAGUCGUCGUCAAGAACAGCGUGGCACCUACACAGCCAGCCAAUCAGAGCCACCACUGCACUACCCCACCAGCGACAUCCAUUAUCCUAGUCCCCCCGAGUCUAUGACAGGGGUUCACCUGCCCCCCACACUGAUGAAGCACUACCUGCCUAGUGGACUGGAGGCCUCGCCGGCACAAGCCAUGGAGACCCCCAGCAGUAUUGUGGAGAGACACCCCUACAGUGAAGGAGAUGAGAGUGAUUCUGGGGAGCGCAGUGAGGGAGAGCUUGUGGUUUUGACUGACUGAGUGCAAGUAAAUGCUUGGUUUGGGGACAUAGGCAGGAGUACAGCUUAUUGGCUCCAGUGUCUAUCAGAUUCACACCUGUGGAUCAAAAUGCCAAAUAUUUCUGACUUUUGAGUGUGAAGAUGUUGCUGUUGAAUGAGAACACAUGUUCCAAAGGAUACUUUGUUUUUAUUUAUUUAUUUUUUUGUCAUUUUUCAGAAUCUUAUUGGAGGUACGGGAAACAGUACCUUUUGAUUUUAAAUAAAAGUGCCACUUGGAUGAAGAAGGGCUUGCUGAUGUUACUACUCUCAAAUUCCAUUAUAUUUGCUAUUCCAUUUUUGCAGUCAUGAAUUUGAGGUUGUGUUGUUGCUAAGGAACACCUCAGUGCUAUAAACCAAUGUACAAACGUACAGAAUAUGAAGCAAUUCAAACAUUAUUACGCAGGACAACAAAAAAAAAAACUUUUUUAAAAUCAUCAGACCAAGACACAUUUUUUCAAAUCAGUUUUUCACUCUGAUUCCAUAUCUGUUUUCAGUUUUCCUCUGUCACGUCAACUUUUUGAGUUAUGAGUAAUGCUAGUUAAUACUGUACUUGCAAGUAUUGUGUACUAAAACAGAAGCAUCACUGUAGUUAAAAUAUCUUUAGAGCAAAAUCAAAUAGCCAGUGGGCAUAAAUAAAUUGAAAAGUGUUUAUUAACCACCGUUGUUUCUUCAAAAACGCUUUGAGUUUGAUUUCCUUGUGUACACCAUGUCUGGAUUGUCGCGGUACAUUAUCCAGCAGUAGACGGCCAUCAAGCUUUCCAGAAACCUUGGCAUCGAUGCUCCAUUGACCGAAUAUCUUGAUGAAAACGUUCUCCUUGCUCAUCACUCACCAUACCAAAAUUCUCUGGAAAGAACUUUAAAUGGGAGUACAAGAAGUAUAUUUUCAACAGCCCAGUUUCUGGUAUGAAUCAGGCAGAUACACUUGGUUUGGAAUUACCAUUAUGCAGUAGGACUACAUUCAGAUUUCUUUUUGAUGAAUCAAUGAAGAGACGCCAUUCAGAUGGAACUUGUUCUUGUGACAAACUGUUGAAGAGUCCAUUGAUGUCAUGACAAUAGCACAGAGCUGUCAGCAGUGAAGAACAUAGUCAAGUUAUGAUUUCGUUUUAUAUAGUUAGUUACAGUAACACCCUUUGCAACUGUUUCUACUUGCGCUUUGAAUCUAAAAGUUCUGCUCUAUCUUAUGAUAGAUUUAGAUCAUGAACAAGAUCAUUAAGCUCUGCUUGUGUAAAAAUCUCUGGUUCUGAAUCUUUAUCAGCCAUGUAAUCGGUAUCGGGUGAUUCUGCACUGUAACCAGCUGCACCUUCUCCGUACUCCUCAUCACCUUCUACAAAAUCAAGACCAUCAUGUGGUGGUACAGGAACAGGCAAUGAUUCGUCAUGAAGAACAGGCCUGAUUGCAGAAUCUAGGCUGGGAUAUACAAUUUUGUGCUUAGUUUUAGCUGAGAAUCCAAUUGUAUUCAUGCGGCAAAAGUAGCAGUCAUUGACAUCAUCUCGCAGUUCCCUCCACACCAUCGGGAUUCCAAAUGGCAUUGCUGCCUUUUGCCAAUUUAGCCAGUCAUGCAGACCAUUUGAACAACUGGUACAGAUGACAUGUGGAGCCCAAGAUUUAUCUUGGUCUCCAAGUGGACAGCCAAAGUAUAAUUUGUAUGUCUUCUUAAGAUCUGCAGUGAUUGGGUGACGUUGUGCUUUCAUUGUGAAUGAAUCACACACUUAACAGAAACUGUAUGAAUGAUUAAUGCAAUUUCUAGACAUGAUAACAACUGAAAGCCAACACAGUUGAUGCUGUCACCCCCACCUUCGAAUUCCAGGAUGAUGACCCAGAAUUCCAACUCAAGAGUUAGAUUUAGUAUUUCUUUUGCAACAAUUUGAGAAAUACUUAAAAAUUCGUCAAGAAGCUUAUGACAGCAAAACGAAACCUGAGGCACAAUUACCUUUCCCCCCAAACUAAGUGGUAUACACAAGACGUGUGUAUGUGCACUAGGUCAAAUGAAUUAUACUCAAAUCGCAACUAGACAAGUGUCAAUAAAACACAAGUCAAUAUCUAGUCACUUAGAGAAAGGUGAAGCUGUCUAUAAGAUAAAAAAAACACAGACAACUCUUGUAAUACACUUAGGCAGACUACAUGUACAUAAUGUACAGAAUUGUUAAAAUGUUACAGCUUUAGCUUCAUCACAAAACUUGACAUGCUAGAGAAAAACUAAACACAGAUUUGAAAUCAGCAUUAAAAAUGCUACAAAACCCCAGAUAGUUACCUCUGAUGAAAAUGACCUGUUAACCUGUGUUAUUGUUAUGAUUAUUUAAAUAAUAAUAAUAAGCAGCACAUGUAGAUGCUCAAUGUCUCUUUUGUCUAUAAUUUCAUAUAAAUAGUUUAUUAAUAAAAUCCAUGUCCAAACAUGUAGAACAGGAAACAGCUAAUUUGUCAAAUAUUGGGUCAAAAAAAUUACAUUACAACCUAAUAGGAGAACACACUCUAUACAUCCAGCGUGAAAUGAACAUGGCUUCUUUGUACAGUUCUUGGAGUUUGUGCGCUUUGUAUUUCCUCAUAAAUCACAGAGAGCACUUUGACAGUUGCAAGUUUUUAUUACAUACAGCACUUUCCAGGGUUCAGUAAGAUAGGUGCUUUGCAGAAUAGAUUUAUUGAUGUUGUGUCCUUGUUCUAGGAUAAAACUAAAACGAUAGGUAUAUGGGGGAAUAGAAUUUAAGGCUCUUUUUCUUUUGGAACUGAUAUUUCAUUGGUUUUAUGGCUUAAUACUCUCUCUGUUUGUUACACCAUAACUUCGCAUGUAUUUUUGCCUCUUACUGUCAAGGGGGUGCAGACCUUCUUCUGGAGCAUUAGGGCAAAUGCUCAAAAGUGAAGCAUUUGCAUCCUAACUUCCACCCAUCCAUCCAUCCUUUAUACCUGCUUGUCUUAUGCAGGGUUGUGGUGGUCUGGAGUAUAUCCUAGAGUACAAGACAGGGAACAGCAUACUAACCUUCACUGAUUAAAUUAUUGUGCAGGGCCUGAAGUGUGCUUGAGUACUGCAAAAUGCUCCUGAUCUUCUAAAUACCUCAAUAUGCAGUUUUUACAAAAUGUGUUCAUUUUAUCAUUUAUAUGUGUAUGAAAUCACAUGUAAGAAUAAACUCCAUCAUCCCAAAAAUGUAUGUUUGUUUACAGCUUCCUUUAGAGUCCCCACAUUAACUCACUUCACUGAUUGGCUAUAAGCAGUUAGAAGGAUGGAUUCUUCACCAAGUUUUAUUUGAUUUAUAUAUGCAGUAUACAUUGACAGUCAAUAUAGAAUCAGGAUGCCACCAUGGUCCUAGCAGAGUGAAGUAAGUGUCUGGGCAAGUUAAAUGUGCUUUAUAAUAAGUUGGAUUAUUAAUAUGGUUAUAAAAAGCACAUCAUGCUAAAAUGUAAAGUUUUGAUUCUGUUUAUUUCCAAAUGCGAUUUUUUUUUACCAGUUCUCAGAAAAAUGAUACACAAAUCAAUUUAUAGAAUAUCUAGUUAUUAAAAAACAAACAAACCAGGCCAAACAUAUCACUGUGCUGGUGUGGUUAAGAAUAUAAAUAUUGGAUUUUCCAUUAAGCAAGUUUAUCCGUAUAAAUGACCAGUUAUACUCCUGAUACAGCUAUUAAGGUUUCCCUCAACACAUGAUGCAUAUGUUUAGACCUAAAUUCUUUUCAACAAUGUCUUGCUGUUGCAUGCCUGCUCUAGCCCAAAAUAUGUUCAGGUGUCUUGUGUAAGAGCCUGGUAACAACAAUGAAUUGGCCUUGUUGGAAUAGUGUAACAGAUGGUAGUAAACCACUUCUGUUAUAGUCAGGAAAAAAUGUCAGAACAUGUUUUGACAGUUUAAACCUUUCGAUGUACAUAUAGACAUAGAUUUCUAUUUUGUUUAUAAUAGUUUAUGUUAUUUGAAAGUUUACAUUUUCUGUGAUUUCAAGAUUGUGUGUUUUUUGAAUGUAAUAAAAAUAUUUGUAUCAUGA